UACGCAAAGUCAUGCAGGUCUCAACACCAGACUCUGAAUACGAGUAUGAAUACGAUGCCACAGAGACAGAGACCUUCUACGUCAAUAUCGAUUUAACCUCCUACAAUGGACCCCUCCGUGUACCGCGUGGAUACGCGUCCUCGACAACAGAGCAGCCCAGCAGGCCCGACGAAGACGCCGAAGAAGCCGCAUCACCGCCACAAGACAGGGGAGAAGUAACCGGAAAACGCAAACGGGUCGACGGCAAUGAAUCCUUACACGAUAUCGCGACCGAUGAAGUCGAGGUUGAAGAUGACGAUCAGAUACAAAUCAUGGAAUUGCAUAGCAAGAAUCCUUAUAUUUCUUAUCGGAAUCAUAUAUUUAGCUGUGAAUGGGCGGAUAUGAUUGGGACUGAUAUGCAUUUCGUUCGUCGCGAGGAUUCGGAGCCUGAUCCGACAUAUCUCAAGCACGCGGAUGGAUAUUCGUUGAUUGCAGCGAAUCCCAUAAAGAUUAUUGGGCGACGGGUGCAUGUUGCUCGUUCGUCUGUUACUGCCAAACCGAAUGAGAAAGAAAUUUCCUCCGCGACCUUUGCGCACGAUAACAGAUCCUCUCAAGUCCGCUUCUUGCAAGAACUUAUGGACAUCAAACGUGAAAAAGGGGAGACGGAUAUGGUGCGGAUGACGUAUGGGUCGAGACGUAACCAGCAAUUUGAGGAUAGGAUAAGCAAAUGGGCUCAUACGGAAGAACGAGUCAAUAUGAUUCACCAAUUGAACCGGGCGGCUCUUGGAGGUGAUUCUGAGGCAUUGAACAAGCUGGAGGAGUUGUAUACUCAGAUAGAGCAGACACCGGAUUGAUGCUACUAUCAGAUCACCCACGGUUACGAUAUUUACAAAUUACGGCACUUCUCCAGUAACCCAAUGAGGAGCUCUUCAUGAGCAGAUUGAUUCAACAGAAAGACAAUAUAUUAUCCGCACAGCAGCGACGCAAAUUCCAUCCCAUAUCCAUGCCAGCUUCCUGUUCGCGACGCCAGUCAAAUCGAUCUAUAUUACAUAUGCACAAUAUCAACAAACAUCAAGUCUCAACAAGACGGGUUCAACGAGGACUCGAUGGAAGCCCCACGGGUGACGGCGCGGGGCGGCGGAUCUGAAACUGAUGGUCUGAAAACUCGACAUGCGUCGCGGAUGAAGAGGACUUAAUGAAUGAUUUCGGCAGUAUGGAA